ACUCAAUUAGAGGCUUUAAUGCCUUCAUUGAAAAUUGGUACGUAUGUUACGGAGAUUUUCACAACGGGGCACUUCUGUUUGUUGUCCUUAUUUUUCAGUUACUGUUUUACUUUGCUGACUCAGAUUUUUUUUUAUACUGCAAGAAUAUGAAGACAAUUUGCUACUUUUGAAUUUUUAAUUGCUUUAACUAUAGUGUUUUUUGGUGCUUCCUGUGUACUGCUAUUUUCAUAUAAAGUGAAAGGCAUGAGUUUGUUAUCCUAUUUAACUCAUAAUUCGAUAAAAGUUCAGUUGUUAAUUAUACCUUUCUUUUGUACUUCAUUGUGCUUUAACCACUGCUCAUCUUCACUCAUUUGCAGUUUUCAUUUAGUACUGGCUCUGCGUCUCCUUUAAUUUUUUUUUCGUUUUAUGAUUCUGCUACCAUCAUUCUUAUUUAACUUACUAGUUGAAGAACAAAAAAAAUCAGACAAUUGCAAAUGGGGGCCAACUGCCAGAGUUUCCAUGUGUUUACAAAUCUACACUUUAAUGAUGUCACAAAGCAGUGGAUUUCUCCAGAGUGCGAAAAGAAUUAUGAUAAUAUGAUAAAGAUCCAAGCUGAACAUUGCUCUCAACCUGGUGUGGUUCCAAUUACUCCGGAGGAGCUAUCUGUGAAGGUGCUCAAGCCAAGGUCGGGAUAUGUUAAAGGACUUGGGUUGAGGCAUUCCUUCUCUGUUAGGACUACCAGUGCUUCAACUGACAGUGACUAUGUGAGGCAUCUAGAGAUGGAAAUACAAGAGCAAAAAGAGGAAAUUCAGUCACAAAAAAAGAAAAUUCAAGCACAAAAAGAGGAAAUUCAAGCACAAAAUAAAGAGAUAGGGAAGAUGAAUGGGUCGAUUGACGAGAAUUUUGAGAUGACAUCAAGCAUCAUGGAGUUUCUUAAGAAGCAAGGUUUCAAAGGCCAAUUUAGAGGAGGAGGUAUCCCAUGAACUCGUACAUCGCCUUUUCAGUAAGCCUCGCUUGUUUUAUCUUUUUAUUUUUCUUAUGUUGGUUAGUAUAUACUAGUUAAAGUA